GCAGUGCGUCACCACGAGGGCGAGGGCGGCCGGGUCCGUUGACCGUCGACCUAGCCCCUCCUGAGAACCCCGCGGAUUGAAUUGAUGGGGUGCUUUGCGUUCAAGAGCGGCAAGAGCCGUCGGCGCCCUGCUGGCGGCGGAAAGCCGCCGGUGGAGCCUAAGCCGGACGGGCCGAAGCGGAGCAAGGCGUCGUCGUCGGCGUCGACGCCGACGAGGAGCAUCCAGGAGCUCUCGGAGGAGCGGGGUGCGGCGGGGCUCCGCGUGUUCGGCCUGGAGGAGCUCGGCAGCGCCACCAACGGCUUCAGCCGCGCGCUCAAGAUCGGCGAGGGCGGCUUCGGCUCCGUCUACCGCGCCUUCUUCCGCUCCGCCGCCGGCGGCCGCGUCGUCCUCGCCGUCAAGCGCCUCAACCAACGCAGCUUACAGGGGCACAAGCAGUGGCUUGCUGAGGUGCAGUUCCUGUGCGUCCUGGAGCACCCGAACCUGGUGAAGCUCGUCGGCUACUGCGCGGUGGACUCGGAGGCGGGCAAGCACAGGCUGCUGGUGUACGAGUUCAUGCCCAACAAGACCCUGGACGACCACCUCUUCAGCCGAGCCCACCCGCCGCUCCCCUGGAGGACGAGGCUGCAGAUCAUGGCCGGCGCCGCGCGCGGCCUCGACUACCUCCACCGUGGCCUCCCGGAAGUCCAGGUGAUAUACAGGGACUUCAAGGCCUCCAACGUGCUCCUGGACGGCGAGUUCCGGCCGAAGCUGUCGGACUUCGGGCUGGCGAGGGAGGGGCCGACGGAGGGGCGGACGCACGUGUCGACGGCGGUGGUGGGCACGCACGGCUACGCGGCGCCGGACUACAUCGAGACGGGGCACCUGACGGUGAAGAGCGACGUGUGGGGGUUCGGGGUGGUGCUGUACGAGAUCCUGACGGGGCGGCGGUCGGUGGAGCGGAGCCGGCCGGCGGAGGAGCAGAAGCUGCUGGGGUGGGUGCGGCGGCACCCGCCCGGAGGGGACAGCUUCAGGACCAUCAUGGACCCGCGGCUGGGCGGGCGGUACCCGCUGGCGGCCGCGCGCGAGGCGGCGAGGCUGGCGGACCGGUGCCUCGGCAAGAACCCCAAGGAGCGGCCGGCGAUGGCGGAGGUCGUGGAGGAGCUCGAGCGGGUGCUGCAGAUGGAGCCGGCCCCGGCGACGCCCAAGAGAUGACCGAUCGAUCAUUCGAUCGACGGCUGUGUUAGCUGCACCGCAGACCGGCAGAAUACUAGUAGUAGUAGUCAGAAUCACUGAAUCAGUGAUGAGGAGUCGCGGUUUCUCUGCUGCAUCCGCGAGUGUACUCCGAUGGACGCUGACCGAGUGAGAGUUGUAUAGACUGUAGAGAUAUCACGAGACACGAAGGUGUAUUGAUGCGACCAAUUAAGGUGUCAUUGCUUUUGGUUUU